UGGAGCGGCCCCGAGACCGGCCUGAGCGACGCGGCCAGUCCCAUCCCGACGCGGAGAAGGGCCAGCCAGCGCCAUGAGCAGCCCGUUCGUCAAGCGGACCCAGGACACCCUGGGAAGAGUGAUCAAGAAGCCGCCGUUGACCGAGAAGCUGCUGGGCAAGCCGCCUUUCCGCUAUCUGCACGACAUCUUCACCGAGGUGAUAAGAACCACUGGAUUUUUGAAAGGUCUGUAUACAGAGUUUGAGAUGAAAUCUGACAAUGUCAAGGAUAAGGAUGCUAAAAUCACAUUCCUGCAGAAGGCUAUUGAUGUCGUGAUGAUGGUUUCUGGUGAUUCUUUGUCUGUGAAACCUGCCCGUGUAGUGGCUGGUCAUGAACCUGAGAAAACGAAUGAACUCUUGCAAACUAUUGCAAAAUGUUGUCUUAAUAAGUUUUCCAGUGAUGAAUCUGUGAGGAAGGUCCUUGCUGGUGAAAAGGUAGAUCUUAAAUCAAAAGCACUAUCCAGUUCCAAAUCACAGGGCAAAGAAAACAGAGAAAAAAAAGAUGAUGAGCGAAAGAGGCAGAAGGACAAAGAACAAGAGGAAAGGGAAGAGAAUGCAAUUAAGCACAUCAGUGGAGAUCGAAAAGAAAAGGAACAAGGGAAACCAAUGGACAAAGAAAGGGACCGACACAAAGAUGGUGAUAGACGAGAAAAAGUAAAGAAUCAGGAAAAGGAUCGAGCAAGAACAAAAGAGAGAGAUCAGGAAAUCCACAAGAAUCGAGGGGAUGGAGAAAAAGUGGAAAAGGACAAGAAUCGAGAAGGAGAAAAAAUGGAAAAAGACAAGAUUAGAGGAGAUGGAGAAAAGGACAAAGAACGAAGCAAAGAAAGGGAAAGAAAUAGAGAAAAAGUGAGAGAAAAACGACAGCGAGACAAGGAGCAUGAGCAUUUGAAAGACCAUAGUAGAGAUCAGGAAGUGGAAAGGGAAAAAUCCAAAGAACAGGAAAAAACUGAGAGAAAGCCUAAAGUUGCAGCUGAGGAAAAACCCAAUAAGCAGCCUCCAGAGAUGAUGAAGAAAGACAACAAAAUUGAUGUCGACCAAGAGGCUGAGAACCCAGUGAGGAUACCCAGACCUUCAUCAGCAAAAGGCCAAAGACGAAAACCAAAAUCAGGAAUUGAAGAUGAGUCGGAUGCCGAAGCGGAACUUGAAGCUGCCCACAAUUCCAUUGAGAGGAAACAUACAGCAGAGGUGAAUGGAGAGAUUCUUGAUGAACUUUCCACCCAAGUUGCACAAAGCAAGCGAGUACCUCGACCAGGCAGUGCAAGACCAGCACCUCCCAGAGUAAAGAAGCAGGAAAGUCCAGACUCCCCUUCAGAAAGAAUUGGUAGUGCAAAACCUGUCACUAACUUAAUAGUGGAUAAAGGAAAGAAUGUUGAAGAGGAAGAGGAUGAUGAUGAACAGUUUGUGGUGGAAGAAGCAGUCUCACAGCUGCCAGAUAUGCCUGAGCCGGAACCUGCUACAGUGGUGGAUUUGCAUGGCAGUGAAGACCAUGGUGUGCUUGUCAGGAAGAUUUUAGAAACAAAGAAAGAUUAUGAAUCUUCUAAGUCUGUAACAAAAUCCAAAGACCACGAGAAAACGAUCAUUUCUGAAACAGCGAAAAAGAAGGAAAGGGAACUUGUGGCCAAGGAAAUAGAGAAGCUACGCACAUCCAUUCAGACCCUAUGCCGUAGUGCCUUGCCUCUGGGAAAAAUAAUGGACUACAUACAGGAAGACAUGGACUCCAUGCAGAAUGAAUUGUCAAUGUGGCGCAAAGAAAACAAGAUGCAUGCAGAAUCUCUUCUAAGAGAACAAAGCAUCACAGACACAGCUGUGGAGCCACUAAAGACUGAACUUGCUGAACUGGAGCAACUGAUCAAGGAUCAGCAGGAUAAGAAUUGUGCUGUCAAGGCAAAUAUACUAAAAAAUGAGGAUAAGAUCCAGAAGAUGAUUUCAAGUAUUAACUUCUCCUCAAGAUCAUGAGGGAGGAAAGGCUGUUGCACAGUCAGUUCAGCAAAUAAGGUGAAGAAAUGAUAGGGGGGAGGAAUCUUAUGUGACAGCAGGCUGACAAAUAAUGUGUACAUGGAUUUUUUUAAAAUUCUCUGCAUUCCUAUCUCAAAUCAGUUCCAUCAGAGAGCUUAUUAUCUUGCAUGUUUAAGAUAACAAGUAUGUACAUCAAAUAAAAGCAAUGUUUAUAAAUAGCUUGCAGUUCUGAAUACAGGAUUUGUAUCAUUUUCUUGCUUACCUUGAUGGUGAUUUUAGCAAAAUAGUCAAUGUGAAUACAAAGCAGGAUGGUAAUAUAAUUGGAGGAAUUUUACUCCCUUUAAUGUUUAACUGAUGGUUAGUCUUCCCAUUAACCUCUGAAUGUUUUCAGCUGAGCUACAGUGUUCUCCGCAGGAAUGAAUGUCAUUGUGGCACCAAGGCAAUACAACAGUCCAACCUGCUAGCCAAUUCCCAUGGCACUAGACAACAACUAUACUUGAGGCUAGGAUGAAACAACUUGUGUUCAUCCAUAUCAAUUAAAGCUGGUGGACUAGAGCCUCUGCACAUAGGAUGUUUUUCAUUUACAGAUAUGAAAACAUUUAUAACAAAAUAAUUGGAUAUUCGUGAUACUUUGCAUCAUUUGAAAAGUCACCCAAGGGAGUGAAUUUUCUUGUAAUUUACAGUUUAGGAUUUAAUAAUAUGGCAAUAUCUCUUACAAGUUUGAUUUACUCUCAGGUUCUAAUGUAUAAAUAAUGCAAAUGGAGCACUUUAACAGUUUGUAUAACAAUAGUGGAAGCUUGGAAGUGAAACUAGCAGUCUGAUCUGGGUGAUCAGGACUUUGUUGCAAUGAUUUAAAGUAUUAUGUCAUCAUUUCAAUUAAAUCACCAAGAAAUACCUGUUAUCUUUUAAGUGGCAAAUUGUAAUUGGCUGUCGAGCCAUGAUGCGUUACAAAUAUAACCAUGUUCUAUUGGUUGCAAAAUGUCAAGUGCAGGCAAAAACUCUCAACUCUUAGCCAUGCACUGAUUAAAAAUACAAGAAUUCGUGUUUCUGUGAAGCAAAUGGAGUGAGGCAACCUGCUGAAUGAAAAUAGUUCCAAAGUGAAAUAAUUUGGUGCCCACUUGUAUUACAGAACCCUGCGCAAUGCACUCCAGAUGAAAAUAUUGCCUUUCAUUAACUAUACUCUGUUUGGGAGCUUUAGUUGGUGAGAUUUAGCCCCUUGAUUUGCAGAGCUUGAGUACAUCUCCUUGAUAGAAGACAUGAGGUAUUCUCAGUCCCAUCUUUAGCUAUAAAAGCAAUAACUGACAUUUCCAUCCCUCAGCUGUUGAUAAUUUCUGUUAAACAUAGGACGGUUGAGAAGUAAGGAUUAUGAUGAGACUGAAGACUAAAUUUGGAAUUGAUGUGGUAUUCUUCAAAAUGAAAAUCCAUGUUUAUUUUUACUUUUAAAGGUGAGCAUGUAAAAAAUGCUGUUACCACAAAAUUCCUUCAUAUUCCCAAACACCACCAGUGUAUGCCAAGAAAAUGUGUAUAGAAGUUACAUUUUAUCCUUUUUCCUGCUAACAGUGGUAUUUUGGAUGGGGUCAGAGCAUUAGAACAUCACAUAGCAGUGCCAAGGGCUUUACUUCUUUAAAAGCAAGCAUUUUGUUGAUCAAUCUGUUUGCCAGUUUGAAAAAUAAAUUAUCUUAAGUAUUUGGGUACUUAAUCAGGCUCCGACUAUUUAUUGCCAAAUGCUUUCCAAUAACUUUUUCUAUUGGAUUGCCUUCACUCAUAUAUAGUUUUGAAAAGUAUGGUGUUGGAAAAGCACAGCCGGUCAGGC